ACACGCGGACAGACAGUCACCCUGAAAGCUGGAGUAGAUUAGGUACCACUUAAAAGUGGUACUGAUACAUGAGAGCUAAUUUUCAUAUCAAGAUCAGGAUUAGUGAGGAGGCCAGAAUGGACGUGAGAGAAGAUGUGAAUAAAAUAUCAAUAAGAGCUGCAGAGAAAAUUCCUCUUCCGGAUAACAGCUGUAACGUGUAUGAAGAAAUGAAAGGAGGUCGUGUGGAGUGUCAGAUAAGAAGAAACAACAAGAAACAGCAAAGUUCAGCACAUGAAAAACUUAUGAGCAGAUGCCUCAGGCUGACUACAGUGUGUCUCGGGCUGCUGUGUGUUCUCCUGAUGACUGCCGUCACACUGCUGUAUGCCAGGCUUACUGAACAGAGUAACCUGUUACAGAACACUAACACCAAACUUUCCUACUUGGAAAAGGCAAUCCAGGAGGGCUGGAGGGCUUUCAACUCUAGUCUGUAUUUUAUCUCCAAUGAGAAGAGGAGCUGGACUGAAAGCAGAGAGGACUGCACAGAGAGAGGAGCAGACCUGGUGAUCAUCAACAGCAGAGAGGAACAGGAGUUUGUGGAUUCCUUCUGUAGCUCCAAAGAUGCUUCGGUUUUUAUUGGUCUGACUGACGCAGAAUCAGAGGGGAUCUGGAAAUGGGUGGAUGGUUCAGCACUGACUACUGCGUACUGGAUGAAUGGUCAACCCAAUAAUGGUGGAUGGAAAGGCCGACAGGACUGUGCUGUAACUCGGUCUGAAGCUGGGAAAAGAUGGAAUGAUAAACCAUGCCAAGAUUUACUUUAUUGGAUCUGUGAGAAGAAACUCAUUUCUUGAUGUUUUAGGAACUGAGAAUGAUCACAUGCAUUUGGAAAAUGUUUAUGAAAGGAACAAAAGGUACACUCUAUGUCCAAAAAUAUCUAGACACCUGCUCUCCCUUAUAGGAAACUCGCAUAUAUUUCACAUGUCAAGUGUGCAACAACACUUGUAGGAGCUUACAAAUUACAACUCAUUUAAAUCCAAAGCUAUCUACAGGGACUUGGUCAUCUAUUCUUCCGAGAAGGCUUUGAACUAAAUCUUGGAACAUUGCUAUAGGGAAUGGCAUUCAGUACUUAGUUCUAGCCUGCAAACAGCACAACGCAUGUCAACAAUAGGUGUGCCUUGAUUUAGAACAGGUGUCUGGAUAAUUUUUGACAUAUCGUGAAGGCUUCAAAUGAACCUUAAAGAAGCAUAUGAAGUAUUAUUAAUAGACUUGAAAAAGGUAACUUUUGUAAGUGUUAGAGGUGAUGAAUUUUAAGAUGACGUCUGAUAUGCUGGUGGAAAAUAGCGUAUAGUAAUCUAAUUUAUAGUGGUAUGGCAGAAACUGACCACUAAUGAAGUGAUAUAGGUUGACAGAACUGAUUAAGCCUAAAGACACUUGCACAUCUAUUAAGUUUGGUGAAAACCAUGCAGAUUUUUUUCUUUAGCACAGUUUAUUUAGACAGAUUUAGACUCCACCUGCACUCAGACCUGCACCAAACAACUGAACCAAACACCACAAGCGUCAGUCCACUUCCAAGUGAACACUGGUUCAGUUCAUUCUUAUGAUUAACCACAUCAAAAUAAUGGAAUGCAAUAUCAGAGCAUGCAGUACUGUUCACAGUAACAUUUGGCUCAUAGUAGAUAUUCAUAUAAUUCCAGUAUUGCAAUCUGCUACUAGUAACAAAUUCAUAGCUUAGCAGUGCAUUUAAUAAUAAAUAUUGGUACUGACCACUGAAAACACAUUUAAUAUGUGGGGCCAGGCAUCGGUGGCCUGAUUGCUUGAAUUCAAAUGUUAGCCUGUUGGCAUUAAUGUAGGAAAAUGUCAAAGUAACUGAACACUUUUAUAACUGUUGAAUUCCUGUCCAGUCAACCAUCCCCCACUUGCAUUUUGUACACUUAACUGUUGCAGCACAAAACAGACAGAACCAAAUGAAAAUGAUACAAUGAAACAAACAAAAAAUCUAAUACAAAAAAGCUAACAGACAGAAAAGAGAGCAUUUAAUAGAUAAUAAAUAGGGCAACUGUAAAGAGAACUUGUGUCUACGACAUUUGUAUACAUUUGAAAAUAUACAGGCCUAAACAGGUUAAUUUUCCACUCUGAUAAAUUUAUUAAAGAACAAAUUAAAGGAAAUGUUAGGCAAAAAAAUCCAUUUAUACAAUUUUCCACUUACCCUAGAUGUAGGGUAAUAGAAGUAUGGCCCAUUAUCAGGAUGAUAUCUGGAUUAAUAAAAAUGUAAAUGCACCUUUUCCCGCAUUUAUAACAAAUACAAAUCUGAUCAAAUCAGUUCAUGUCUGAGUGAAUCAUCAGCUGUUUAAAGCAGUGAAAAAUCUGAUUUACAGUUCACUACACUUCGCUCUACCCCUUUAUCUCAACAAAAUAUGGGACACUCUACCCUCCUAGGUGUGAACGCCCAAAACGGAGGGGCAAGGGGUGACAUGGGAUUAAGCCUAGGAGUCACAAAGAGACAGUGGUCUACAAUGACUAUCAUUUUCUUUUUUUGCAUGUGAUUUCUUUGCUUACUAAAAUAAUCUUAAUUUAAGCACUCCGCUAACUAAAAAUAAUUAUUUUAAAAUAGAAUGCAGGGUAUAUUGUGACUCUCAGGGUGAAUAAAGUACAAAAUUGCAUAACGUGCAGCUGUAUAAUCAAGAACUUCUGUGUAUAUUUUAGUAGACUUUGAAGAAUGAAUUUCUCUCUCACUCAUUGUCCAAGCCUCUCAUCCUAAUAAUGACUCUGUUCUUUACUAGUCAAAAAACUAUUCAUUACAGUUUGAUUUGACAGCAAAGAUACAAUCCAUAU